CCCCCACCGCAGCCGCCGUCCACCGCGGCGCCACGCCACCCUGUGACCCACCCUGAAAUACACGCGCACGCGCUCCCCCUCUGCGUACAGGCUGUCGAGCCAGAGGCCUCCGUCCUCCCCUGUCCGUCUCCGUCCAACUCUCUGCUCUCCACAAUGCAGCGCCACUGACCGAACCUGCUCUUUCUGUCGCUUCUUCCGCUGCAACUACUCAUUUCCCAACACCGCCGAGCUCGAUCCGCAAUGUGGCGGCUUCUGGCGCUGGUGGUGUUCGCCGCCGUGCCGGCAAUGGCCGGCGACCCCUACGCCUUCUUCGACUGGGACGUCUCCUACGUCACCGCGGCGCCCCUCGGCGUCAAGCAGCAGGUGAUAGGCAUCAACGGCAAGUUCCCGGGGCCCGUCGUCAACAUCACCACCAACUGGAACGUCGUCGUCAACGUGCUCAACGACCUCGACGAGCCCCUCCUAAUCACAUGGAACGGGAUCCAGCACCGGAAGAACUGCUGGCAGGACGGCGUGCUGGGCACCAACUGCCCCAUCCCGUCCGGGUGGAACUGGACCUACGAGUUCCAGGUCAAGGAUCAGAUCGGCAGCUUCUUCUACUUCCCCUCCACCGGCCUGCAGCGCGCCGCCGGCGGCUUCGGCGGCAUCGUUGUCAACAACCGCGGCGUCAUCGCCGUGCCCUUCGGCCGCCCCGACGGCGACAUCACCAUCCUGAUCGGCGACUGGUACAACAGGAACCACACGGAUCUGAGGAAGAUGCUGGACGAAGGGAAGGAGCUCGGGAUGCCGGACGGCGUGCUGAUAAACGGCAAGGGCCCGUACCGGUACAACGACAGCCUUGUGCCGGCCGGCAUUGAGCACGAGACCAUCGAUGUGCAUCCCGGUCGGACGUACCGCAUCCGGGUGCACAACGUGGGCACGUCGACGAGCCUCAACUUCCGGAUCCAGGGGCACAACCUGCUGCUGGUGGAGACGGAGGGGUCCUACACCACGCAGCAGAACUACAGCAGCCUCGACGUCCACGUCGGCCAGUCCUACUCCUUCCUCCUCACCACCGACCAGAACGCCAGCUCCGACUACUACGUCGUCGCCAGCGCCCGCAUCGUCAACGAGUCCCUCUGGCAGCGCGUCACCGGCGUCGCCCUCCUCCGCUACUCCAACUCCGGCGGCCCGGCGUCCGGCCCGCUCCCGGACCCGCCCCAGGACCAGUACGACAAGACGCUCUCCAUGAACCAGGCGCGCUCCGUCCGCUGGAACCUCAGCGCCGGCGCGGCGCGGCCCAACCCGCAGGGCUCCUUCCGCUACUCCUCCAUCAACGUGACGCAGGCGUACCUGCUGCGGAGCGCCGCGCCCGUGGAGAUCGGCGGGAAGCUUAGGGCGGCGCUCAACGGGCUGUCCUUCGUCCCGCCGGAGACGCCGCUGCGGCUCGCCGACGCGUACGGCGUGGAGGGCGCCUACACGCUCGACUUCCCGGAGCGGCCGCCGGCGCCGGACGCCGCCCCCCGGGUGGCGCGGUCCGUCAUCAACGGCACCUACCGGGGGUUCAUGGAGCUCAUCUUCCAGAACAACGACACCCGGAUGCAGAGCUACCACGUGGACGGGUACGCCGUGUUCGUCGUCGGGAUGGACUACGGGGAGUGGACGGAGGCGAGCCGGAGCACGUACAACAAGGGCGACAGCGUGGCGCGCAGCACCGUGCAGGUGUACCCCGGCGCCUGGACGGCGGCGCUGGUGUCGCUGGACAACGUGGGGUUCUGGAACGUGCGGUCGCAGAACCUCGACUCGUGGUACCUCGGGCAGGAGGUGUACGUCAGGGUGGUGAACCCCGAGGACGGCGCCAACAAGACCGAGAUGGCCGUCCCCCGCAACGCCCUCUACUGCGGCCAGCUCCACAAGUACCAGAAGGAGCAGACCCCUCAUCACAAGGCGGCGGCGGCGGCGUCUGCGGCGGCCGUGCGGCCGUUGGCUGUGCGGAGGCAGAUCGUGGCGUUGGUGAUGCUCGUCGUCGGAGCCCUCGUGUUCGCGUCGUAGCGCGGCGCCGUGGAUCCAUUUUUUGUGCCGCGUCUGAGGUGGCUUCUUCGUGUGUGUAGUGUAGGUUAGGAUCAGAGGUGCCACUGGACUGUACCAAUUGCCCAUGCACUGUGUUUUGUGUUCGUAGCAUUAGGAACGGUCGAUCGUGUUUAUUCAUUCACCUCGAGGCUGUCUGAGGACUGUGAUUUGAUUUGUUCACGAGGAGCAAUUCUAAUAUACUCCGUAUUCUUUUACUCAACUAA